AUGAAGUCGAUUGUUCUGAUAGCCCUGCUACUACCAAUUGCAUUUGCUUCCUAUUGCGGUCAAUCGGCAAUUCCUUAUACAUUUCAGGUUAUUAAAAGCGGAAGGCCGGUUUUAGGAUGUGCACGUCCAAAAUGCUUCGGAUGGACAGCUAAUGGAACCCGUGCUGGAGAUUCAGCCCAGUUCUACCGUGUCGCUGGCAAAGAAGAUGGAUAUUUGAGAAGAGCUGACCAGUUCAUCAGAGCUCCAUCAAAGAACCCCAAUUUUGUGCCGCAGAUUGCAAUUUGCGCUGACAAUUACAAAUCGAGCAGUUGCGAAGAGGGCGAAUGGGUUGGUGGAAUCGCUCCACAAUCGGAUCCAUUCUCGUCGAAUCUUGAGAUGAGAUGUUGUAGCUAUCAAGUCCUUAUCAAUUCGCAAGAUCGCGGAAAAGCCACGGUCCGCCGGGGUCAACUUGUCGUUGGUGGUGAAGUCCGCGAAAAUGGAAAGCUUGUCGCUUUCGAUUACAUUGCUAACUUAAAGAAAGAAGUGACAAAUACCGGAAAUGUUACAUAUUAUGCUACUAUCAAGAGAAUGCCAUGCUUCGAUGAAGAUGAAAUUGUUGAGAGCGAGGGAAAAGUUGAUAACCGGGUCGUCGAAACCGCUGCUGUUACCAAUGAAAUUUCAACCACUGCGCCAGUUACUGCAAAACAUGUUCCAUCCCCUCAAGCUCAAGCUCAAGGGGUACCAACACAACACGCUACACCAACUAAUCAAGUUCAACAAGUUCUUCCAAACACCCAAAUUUAUCUGGGACAGCAGCAACCAGUACAACAACAAUAUCAACAACAAUACGGACAAUUCUCUCAGACUGGGUACGGAGUUCAACAGAAUGGACAAUACACCGGAUACCCACAAAAUGGUCAACUGCCUCAACAGACCUACUAUCAAGACCCAUUGACUGCAAUGAUUCAGCAACAGCAGCAACAAUUCCAGCAAGGACUUCUUGUACAACCACAACAAAUGACUCUCGCUCCAAUGCCAGCACUUUAUCAGCCAAUGGGAAUGCUGCCGGUGGCUCAACAGUCACUUGCCGUCUCCCAACCAGCAGCUUCUGCUGGAGCCGCCGCCGGAGCUGCAGUUCAACAGCCGCAACUCCAAAUCACUUCUACCAUUGCUCCAAUGACUCUUCCGAAGCUUGAAGAUCUUCCAAAACUUCAAAUCCCAAGCGUUGAAGAUGUUGAGCAGGUCAUCCCGCCAGUACAAAGAGCAAUUCUGACGAGUGUGGCGAAAUUCUUUGGUGUUUUGUAA